UUAAAAUUAAAAGUAUUGGGAGGGAGAAGAGUUUUUGUUUUGGCUAUAUAUAAUGAUUUUUUUAUUUUUAUUUUAAUCUUCUUUGGUUUUACUAUUAGUUACCAGAUCCUCUUCAAGCUUUGCUCUCUCUCAUCUGCCUUCUUCUUGUUUAUCUGUGUGUAUCUUUCUCUUCUAAUUCUACGAUUACCAUUUAUAUAUAUAUUUCUGUAUAAUUUUUACAUAAACCUACUCCAGAAUUUCUUCAAUUACCGGACUGUAGGACGAAACUGGUUUGUUUCGUUGUGAUUGGUGCUGAAUAUUGUUAUCAUCGGUUGCUACGGGACCGGUUGAUUCGGGAGUGUGGCCGAUCGUGUCGGUGAUGGCGGAGAGGAGGACGGAACGGGCUGUGGAGGGGUUUUAUGAUGAUGCCCUGGUGGUUUCGGAGGCGAAGUUUUAGGAGGAGGCAGUUAUCGCGCACAAGGGCUUAUUGGUGAUACUGACAAUGACACUCGGUGGAAUAUGGUAUCACCUCAAUCAAGUAAAAACUUUACCAACUGCUCCAUGAAUCAGACAGUUCAUAUGAGAGGCGAGUCUGGAACUUGUAACGUGUGCUCUGCUCCUUGUUCAUCUUGUAUGCAUCUUAAACGAGCUAUUACAGUUUCAAAAGCUGAAGAAUUUUCUGAUGAAACCAGCCAUGUAAAUGCUACGAGUCAGUAUUCUGCUAAUGAUGCUGAUGCUUUAUCCUCUAUAAAGAGUAGAGCGUGUGGAAGCUCAUUACAUGCUAAUAGUGAGACAAGUAAUCUACUUAGCGUUAACUCUAGUCACGAUUCCUUUUCUGAAAAUGCUGAUAGUAUGGCAACGAUAAGGUCAUCUGAUGCAGCAAAUUUUUCAGUAGAUAUUGACAUGCAUAAAAAAUUAUAUAGUGGAAUAGUUUCAGAGGGACAUAUUGCUACUGAGCCAACCGUACAAACCACUUCAGAGAAGCAUGGGAGUAUCAAGGGUGCGGAGGGGCAUGACGACAACAUUUCGUGUGUUAGUCAAUCUAGUAAUGCAAAUAUUGCAGCUGUUUCUCACCAAAAGAUUAUGGACAAUAAAAAUGUAUCACGUGGCUCUGCUUCAGUGGGUAGUUUAUGUCGAGAAGGAUCUAAGGUUGUAUUGUCUUCCAAAUUAGCUUUUUCAGAGACUCCUGCUUCUAAAGAGGUUCAUAACAGCUCAAAGGAGGCACAUACUCUGGACUCUCUUUCUCCAAGUGAUAAACCAUUAUCUGAAAUAGGUUUUGAACAGAAUCCAUCCACUUGUGUGAAGGGAGAGCCAUUAGAAUCAUCUUUGGUACAUAGUGACUCUCUGACUAGAGAAGUAGUUACUGCUCCACCUCAUGGAGAAAAAUCUGUUACCAACAUAUGCAACAAAGUAGGUGAUGAUUUCAAGGUUUCUCCUCAAAUCUUACCAAAGUCAGAAGAAGGGAUUCAUCUUGAUAGAAGUGAGCCUCCUGAUGGAGAUGUGAAAAAUCAGUAUGAUGACGAGCAAUGUGAAAAUUUCAAGGACUUGUCUGGUUCAUCUGAUGUGAAGGAGCACCAUUCGCAAUCUGCAUCUGGAUCUGAGAGCGAUGAAUCAGAUAUUGUGGAGCAUGAUGUCAAAGUUUGUGAUAUUUGUGGUGAUGCUGGUCGGGAGGAUUUGCUUGCUAUAUGUAGUAGGUGCACUGAUGGUGCAGAACACACCUAUUGCAUGCGAGAAAGGCUUGAUGAAGUCCCUGAAGGUGACUGGCUUUGCGAGGAAUGCAAAUCAGCGGAAGAAAAUGAAAACCAGAAGCAAGAUGUUGAAGGGAAAGGCUACCUUUCCUAUAAAAGAAAAGAUGAAGGGAGAAGGCCAAAUAUAGUUAGUCCCAGUCCCCAAGUUUCUGAUGCUGAGGGAAAAAGAGUAACCAGAGAUAGCUCAAGUACGAGAAAUUUUGGCAAGAAGAAUGUGGACAAUGUUGAUGUUUCUGUAGCUACAAAAAGACAGGUCCUUGAAACUAACAAAGGCUCAACAAAAGCAUCCAGCCCUGGCAGGAGUAUUGGAUUAUGCCGUGAUUCUUUGUCAAAAAGCUUGGAUAAAGGGAAAUUGAUGCUUUCUCAAUCAAAAUGUUUGGGUGAUCAAAGCAGUAAUGAUGUUUCAGAAAUGGCACGCUCACCAUCUGUUGGUUCAAGACUUCACACACUCAAGGGUACUCUUUUAAAGUCAAAUUCAUUCAACACUUUAAAUUCCAAACCGAAGGUCAAACUUGUAGAUGAAUUUAUACCCCAAAAGCCAAGGGGAAUUAGAGAACAUACCUCCCUUGAAGUCAAGGAGGGGCCUCCCAGAGCUUUAGGAAAAUCUCAAUCAUUCAAAACUCCAAGUUCUGGCCGUGCAGGCAUGAGUGAAGCAAAAGUUAAAAUGCUACCAUCUAAAUUUCCUCAUGUCCAGGAUCCAAAAGGUAUUAAACAAGGAAAGGACAGGAACAUAUUAGAUAGGAAAAAUCCAUCAAAAGUAGAUCGAUCCUGGACAGUAACUACAAGUUCUGCAGUUUCAACAUCUAAGGUUGAUCAAAAGCUCUCAUUGCGCGGUGAAACAAAUCUCGUGUCAUCUCUAAGCAACAACAAAGAUCAAAAAGUUAUAAAAUCUGAUGGAAUCUCAAGUGCUCACCCUAAAUCUAGAAGCAGUCUAGUUCAUAAGGGCCUAGAUAAUCCACUCAGUCCAGCUAGAGCUUUAUCGACCAAUGGAACAUGCAGUUCUUCUAUUGAUCAAAAGAUAAAUCAUGUUAGCCCCAAGGAAGAACCAUUAUCCAGUUCAUUAACCGUUGAGAGGCCGUCUUUUAAUGAUAAUGGAAGGUCACGAGAAAUGACAGGACCAGAUGAGAAAAAUAGGGAGAGUUCUGCAACGCUAACGAAGCCUACUGUUGCCACUAGUCCAAAAGGUGGUCACUGUCUAAAAUGUAAAGGAACUGACCAUGCUACAGAAUCCUGUAUCGGUGGUAGUCCUUAUGUUCCUGAUAAUAAUAUAAUUAGCUCUAGAGAGGAGACAUGUGAGGAGAACAAGUUGAAAGCCGCAAUUCAAGCAGCAUUGCUUAGAAGGCCUGAAAUAUGCAAAAAGAGAAAAUUUAGUGACCCAUCUGACGAGGUUUCCUCAUCAAGCACAGUCUUAAAUAGUGAUAUAGUGCAUCAAGAUCAAUUUUCAUUUUCAAACAAGUUAAAAAAUGAGCUUUCUGCUGAAACAGCAUAUGAAGGGAAGACAAUUGUCAGUAGUUCUGCUACUACCUUUCACAGGCAACCAGCUGCAAGUAUUUCAAAGCUACCUGUCCUGCCCAAUCUCGAUGCUCCUGUUCCUUUGCAUUUGGAAGAUACAGUUUCAACUGCCAUUCCUGUUGAAAAGGUUAGGGUGAAAGAUUUGUCUGGUCAUGGGGCAACAACCUCGCUUCUCCUGAAGAUUUCAGUGAUUCCGGAGUAUGAAUACAUAUGGCAGGGUGGUUUUGAGUUGCAUAGAUGUGGGAAACUUCCAGAUUUCUGUGAUGGAAUUCAGGCUCAUCUGUCUACUUGUGCGUCACCAAAGGUUAUUGAAGUGGCAAGCAGACUUCCGCACAAGAUUUCUUUGAAGGAAGUACCUCGCUCGAGCACGUGGCCAUCUCAAUUCCACGAUUGUGGUGUUAAAGAAGAUAAUAUUGCUCUUUACUUUUUUGCAAGAGAUAUUCACAGUUAUGAAAGAAACUACAGAAGCUUACUGGAUCAUAUGAUCAAGAAUGAUUUAGCCCUCAAAGGAAACCUUGAUGGUGUCGAGCUCUUGAUAUUCUCAUCAAAUCAGCUACCUGAAAAUUCACAACGUUGGAAUAUGCUUUUUUUCCUAUGGGGGGUGUUUAGGGGAAAGAAGACGGAUUGUUCAGAUGCUUUGAAGAUUUCAAAUAUUUGUAGCACUGAAGCUGUGCCUUUAGAAAAGAACUUUCCUGAUAUCACAGCAACAAAGUCUGAUGAUGUUUGUGUGGCCAAGUGUGUCAAUGGAGAGAUAUUUGCUUGUGAUAGUCCCAAAUUAGGCAAAGCAUCCAGUUCAGCAGACCAAAUGUCUGACACAACUAGCACUGGUUGUCACAAAUGUGAAUCUUCUUUUUAUCAGGCACAAAAUUCAGGCUGUCAGUUUGAUCAGUUUGAACCAAAAGUAUCGUCAAUGCUGGCUAGUAGUACGGAAUUUUGUCAAGGAUCGGCUAGCUCUGCUUCCAUGAAGGAAUCUGGUCGUUCAGAGAGCAUACAAGGGGAGCAAUGUGAACCAUCGAUUCAAGUUAAAGAAAUUGUAGGAGUCAAUGACAAUAAGAAAGUGAAGCUGGACUUCAGUUCAACGGAAGAUAUGCCGCCUUUAAUUAAGACCAUUGAUGACAUGAAAAAGACAAGCGCUGGUGAGAAAAUUGUAGAUAGAUUGGUCUGUGAAGGAGAGAGAGCUGUGCUCCGGACAGCACAAGGGAAUUCAGACUCUGAGGGUCUUUCGAAAAGAGAUUUAAAUACUGAAGGAAUCCAUUUUCUGGAGUCCCAUCACAGAAAACGUCGACAGACAGAUAUAUUAGAGUCGUCAGCUCUAGUCUUUAUUGGUGCCGACAAUCGUACUUCUCAGGACGAGGAGGUGGAUUGUGUAGUGCUGGAUGAAGAGAUUGUCUGCAAAAAACCAAGGACAAGGUUUGGUAACUCAUAUGAAAAUAGUUGUAGUUCAGGCGGCAUAAAUUCACAAUCCGAUCCUUAUGUCUCACCACGUAGCAAUAUUGGACCCACCUUUUUAUUUCAGAAAAAGGGAGGUGAUAAAGUUUGUGAUGUGAAUGUUAUUCCAGAAGAAGAUUUUGAAACGGCUGAAAAGCACUUCUUUCCUGUUGGUUCACAUCAACUAGAGGAUCACCACUUAGCACUUCCAGCCAAAGACGAGGACCAAUAUCAUGACACAGUACCGAACCUCGAGCUUGCAUUGGGGGCAGAGACUAAACUACGAAAGAAGAGUAUGAUCCCUUUCCUUGUGGAUUUAGUGGAUGAGAAACAUAACCACAGUGAGUCGUCAGAAAAGGUGAUUGAUGUUGAAGAGGAAGAAGAUGACUCUACAUCCCUAACAUUGUCUUUGUCACUCCAUUCCCAGAGAAGCAACAAUUCGCAAAAACUGUUUCGGAAACAGAACAGCUUCUACCCGAUAGGCGGUAUGUGAAAUGUGAAAAUACUACUUCACUGAUUCUCUUUGGGGGUUUGUCAGAGGACUAGGCAGCAUGUUGUUACUCUCGUCUUUAUGGUGUCGAAUUUGCAUUCGACAAAAAUGUAUACCAGGUUAUGUUAGUUGAUCAGUUCAUCUUUCAAGGGCUCUAUUAUGCGAGAACCCGCUUUCCCAUCUGUUCAUAUCCCUCUCCAAAAGUAUAUACCAGUAAUUAUUUUACCUUUUUCUUUCCCUUUCUUUUUCUUUUUCUUUUUCUGGGUUAUGCUUUUAGUUAUUCAUAUUUGAGCACUUUUGACUUCAAGAUCAGAAUUACGGCCGUUUGUAUAUAUAAGUAGAAUGGAAAAACAGAAAUAAUAUUUGCUUGCUAACAGUAAGGUUUUACAAACCAAUGUUCCAACU